AUGUCUCAACCAGGUCUUCUCGGUGUCGAGGCCUACGAGCUCCCACCACACUCCUCCCACUCCAACCACUCCGACACACCAAUCCUCAAUGGCUCAGAAGAAAAGUCCUCCGACUUCAACAAGCACAUCCACCUGAGCUUCCGCCAGCGUCUCCGCCAUUUCACCUGGGCAUGGUACACCCUAACAAUGAGCACAGGCGGCCUAGCCCUCCUCAUAGCCGUCCAACCCAACCGCUUCAAAGGCCUCGACGAAAUAGGAAUAGCAAUCUACCUCUUCAACCUCAUCCUCUUCGCCCUGGUUUGCACCCUAAUGGCAGCCCGCUUCCUCAUCCACGGCGGCUUCAUGCAAUCUCUCAAACACGACCGCGAGGGCCUCUUCUUCCCAACAUUCUGGCUCUCAAUCGCAACACUCAUCACCGGACUGGAAAAAUACUUCGGCAACGAUCCAGCACCCUCCUUCUCAACAACCCUAGAAGUCCUCUUCUGGCUCUACUGCGUCUGCACCUUCGCCGUCGCCACUCUCCAAUACAGCUUCCUCUUCACAUCCCACACAUACCGCCUCCAAACAAUGAUGCCCUCCUGGGUCCUCCCCGCCUUCCCAAUAAUGCUAAGCGGAACAAUCGCCUCCGUAAUCGCAGACCGUCAACCCGCCCGCGCCGCCAUCCCAAUCGUCACAGCCGGCAUGACCUUCCAAGGCCUGGGCUUCUGCCUCAGCUUCAUGAUGUACGCCCACUACAUCGGCCGCCUAAUGGAAUCAGGCCUGCCCCACCGCGAACACAGACCAGGAAUGUUCAUCUGCGUCGGCCCACCCGCCUUCACAGCCCUCGCCCUCGUCGGCAUGGCACGCGGCCUCCCCACCGAAUUCAGCGUCAUGGGCAGCAUGGACACAGCCGAGGACGGGCGAACGCUGGAAAUCCUCGCUCUGGCCGCGGGCUCGUUUCUUUGGGCGUUGAGUCUGUGGUUCUUUGCCAUUGCGCUUAUUGCCGUUGUCAGGGCGCCGCCGACUGCGUUCCAUCUUUCUUGGUGGGCGAUGGUUUUUCCCAAUACGGGCUUCACUAUUGCGACUAUCACGUUGGGGAACUCGUUUGCUAGUAAGGGGAUCCAGGGCUUUGGGUCUGCGAUGUCGAUUUGUAUUGUUCUUAUGUGGGUUUUUGUUUUUGUGAGUCAUGUUCGGGCGGUUUUUAGGGGCGAUAUUAUGUAUCCUGGCAAGGAUGAGGAUGUUUCGGAGUGA